AUGCCCUCAGUAUUUGAAAAAUGUGAACGUAAUGUCUGUUUAAAAGAUCCUGGAGAUGGUCUGGAGAUAAUCCCAGGACUGAGAAGCAAGGUUGAUCGGGUUAGGCUGGUUUCGCCACGAAACCAAGGAGCUGGAAGACUUUUGGACGUUGAGUGCGACGUUUGUGGCGAUCGGAGUUCUGGAAAACAUUAUGGCAUUUACAGUUGUGAUGGUUGUUCGGGAUUUUUUAAACGAAGUAUCCACAGUCAUCGUGAGUACAGUUGCAAAGCUCAAGAAAGAGAAAAGCAAGGUUGCUGCCCAAUUGACAGAACUCACCGCAAUCAAUGUCGAGCCUGUCGUCUGAAGAAGUGUUUUGAAGCUGGAAUGAAUAAAGACGCAGUGCAACACGAGCGAGGACCCAGAAAGCCCAAGUGUCAUCCCGGAAUGUCAGAUAAACAUCAUCAACAGCAGUCAGCGAUGGUGACUCCACUUUCAUCCCAUCCGGGAACCCCAGUUCAUCAUGACGCGAGAGUCGAUUUGAAUGCACAUUUGUUGUCUCACCACAGUCCCGUGGUCAGUCCCUUGUCACCUCUUGGUGCUGCUUCUGUACACCAUGAUCGAAAUCGACGUGAUCGCGGAACUUCUCAUUUACUUCCUAUUCACAGUGAUAAUACAUUCAGAAGAAUGAGGUAUGUACCUUAUCCACAAGUUACGUCUUUGAUGCAAAAACCACCAAGUGAUGCAACAUCACCGGUAUCGUUUCCACUACAACUUCCUCCACCACCUCCGAAUCCUAGUCUUUAUCAUUCGGCAUCAGUAGCAUUAGGGCAACAGCCUCCACUUCUUCAAAUAUUAAUGUCUGCUGAACAAUAUCAAGAAUUUGUAUGGAGCACUCGGUUGCAGCCCGACACUGAAGCUUCCUUUGACCAAACGGAGACUGAAACAAGUCAAAGUCCGACGGGAACAUUGCAAAGCUUUAGUCCAACUUGGGAAGUUUUGCAAGAAACUACAGCUCGACUUCUUUUCAUGGCAGUGAAGUGGGUCAGAUCUUUAGCGCCCUUUCAAACACUUUCAAAAGAUGAUCGUUUAGUUUUACUUCAACAAACAUGGACACAACUUUUUCUUUUACAUUUAGCACAAUGGUCUUUAUCUUGGGAUAUAUCAGGCCUUCUUGAAGAUGAUCGCGUUCGUAAUAGACUACCUUCUGAUGAAUCAUCUCAUCAGGAACUUCUUACAAUCAGAGAUAUUGUGAGUCGAUUCAGACAAUUAUCUCCUGAUGGUGGCGAGUGUGGUUGCAUGAAAGCUGUAGUUCUUUUCAGGCCAGAAACUAAAGGUCUUACAGACCCAAAACCAGUAGAAGCACUUCAAGACCAAGCUCAAUGUAUUCUUAAUGAUUACAUUCGAACCCGAUAUCCUCGACAACCUGAACGAUUUGGAAGGUUUUUACUGACAUUACCCAGUUUACAUGCAGUGAAACCGACCACCAUUGAACUUCUAUUCUUCCGAGAAACAAUUGGGGACAUACCAAUUGCACGUUUACUUGGAAAUAUAUAUCAAAUAGAUGAUUCAUUAGACGAUUUAAAAGCUAGUCAUGAUCCAUUAUCAAUGAUGACUCUCCAAAGAAGUGCUGAGCUAAAAAAAUAAACGACUUUCUAGGUAAUUUU